AUGCAGCAGGACGAGAUUACCUGGAGUAUCAUCAGCAGACAGUUUUGUUCGUUCCAAGUGAAAACACAAACACAAAACUUCUGCCGAAAUGAGUACAGCCUGACCGGGUUCUGUUCGCGCCGGGCCUGCCCGAUCGCAAACAGCCAGUACGCGACGGUGCGCGAGGAAAAGGGCAUCAUUUACCUGUUCAUGAAAACGGCCGAACGGAAUGCGUUCCCAUCGAAGCACUGGGAAAAGGUGAAGCUGUCGCGCAACUUCGACAAGGCGGUGUACCAGAUCAAAGAGAACCUGCUGUACUGGGACCGAUGGGUGCAGAACAAAUGCAAGCAGCGGUUCGUGAAGAUCACGCAGUAUCUAAUCCGCAUGCGCAAGCUGAAGCUCCGGCGGCAAAAGAUGCUGGUACCGCUGGCGACGAAGGUCGAGCGGAGGGAGCGGCGGCGGGAGGAGAAGGCACUGGUGGCGGCCCGUAUCGACAACGCGAUCCUGAAGGAGCUGAUGACGCGGCUCAAGAUGGGCAUGUACGAGGAUAUCUACAACUUCCCGCAGGCGGCCUUCGACCGGGCGCUCGACGAAGAGGAGAUCGAGGACGACGAGGAGAUGGACGCGCAAGCGACGGACGACGAGGAGAAGGAGGAGGAGCGCGAACACGAGAAGGAGCCGCGUGUGAGCGAAUCCUUGCGCCGGCAGCUGGAGAUGACGGAUGAGUUUGUGGAAGGCGACUCGGAUGAUGAUUCGGAUGCGGACAGCGAAUCGGGUGUGCGGGAACCGGUCGAUGUGGAUAGUGACUUCGAGUCGCAGGAUGAUUCCGACCUGGAGGAUUAUGUGCCGCAGGUGUCCCUGCGCCCGCCCAAAGCCGACAACGACGAGAAAAGCUCCCCGGCCAGUUCGGUCGUGAAGAAGUCCGGCUCGAAAAAGAGCACACCCACGCGCAAGCUGCGUAAAUCGCGCCUCGAGCUUGAGUAUGAAGUGGAGGCUCAACCAUCGACGGGGCGUAGCAUACAUCAGUGAGGUUGGUUCGCAUUUACAGCGGUCCCUUGCAUGGCCUUCCGGUUUCCGGUUCGCUUUUGGAUGCCCCCUCCCCCGGGGUGUUUCCUAUAUUCUAUAUGUUUUACGUUU